CCAAAGGAUUUAGAUCAAUCAAUGUCAAUUUUCAAAUUCACAGUUUAUCCCCAAAAAGUUGGCUAAAAUUAGAUUAUUGAUUCAGAGAGUGUUUGGGCAGAUUUUGAUUACUGAAGAAACAGACAAAGAACGCACUCAUCACCGACCGAGAGAGCGGAAGAAGCAGCUUUCAAUUGACGCACCCCAAGAAGAAGAGAAUAGAAGAAGACCCAUCAGUGAAAAGUGAAAAACCCGCUUCCCUCUUAUCUGAAGCAGUGUAAGCAUUCAAAUUUCAAUCAUGUACCUCUCAGAGAAGCCUCGCCCAAUUGAUUUCUACAAGGAGGAAGCGUCCGCUGCACGCGACACCAUGAUUAUCGAGCUCCCUGCUUCCAAUGAGGACUACCAACCUCAUCACCAUCACCAGCACCAGCAGCACCAUCACCAGCACCAGCCGCAGAACAUGAUUAUCGGGGACAACAGCAGUAGCGAGGAUCACGAGGUGAGAGCCCCGAAGAAGAGGGCGGAGACCUGGGUCCAGGACGAGACGAGGAGUCUUAUUGGUUUCCGGCGAGAGAUGGAUGGGCUGUUCAACACUUCGAAGUCUAACAAACACCUCUGGGAGCAGAUAGCGGCCAAAAUGAGGGAGAAGGGGUUUGAUCGUUCACCGACUAUGUGCACCGACAAGUGGAGGAAUCUCCUGAAGGAGUACAAGAAGAUCAAACACCAUGACAAGGGAAGUGGUGGCUCUGCUAAGAUGUCGUAUUACAAGGAGAUUGAGGAGAUUUUGAAGGACAGGAACAAGAAUUCCCAGUACAAAAGCCCCACGCCGCCUUCUUCCUCCAAAGUUGAUUCAUACAUUCAAUUCUCUGAUAAGGGCUUUGAAGACACUAGUAUAUCAUUUGGCCCCAUGGAAGCUAGUGGCAGGACAACGCUUAAUCUUGAAAGUCGUAGUUUAGAUCCUGAUGGACAUGACGGACAUCCGCUUGCCAUUGCGGCUGCAGAUGGGGUUGCAAGUGGAGUUCCUCCUUGGAAUUGGAGAGAUACUCCUGGAAAUGGUGUGGAUGGUCAUUCGUAUGGUGGGAGGGUUAUAUCAGUCAAAUAUGGGGACUACACCAGAAGGAUUGGCAUUGAUGGCACUGCAGAUUCCAUUAAGGAGGCAAUCAAAUCAGCAUUUAGAUUGAGAACCAAACGUGCAUUUUGGUUGGAGGAUGAGGACCAGAUAAUUCGGAGUCUUGACAGGGAAAUGCCUCUUGGGAACUACACUCUCCACCUUGAUGAAGGAUUGGCUAUAAAGGUGUGCCUCUAUGAUGAGACUGACCACAUACCAGUACAUACCGAGGACAGAAUUUUCUACACUGAAGAUGACUACCGUGAUUUUCUGACCCGCCGAGGAUGGUUAUGUCUGAGGGAGUUUGACGGUUACAGAAACAUUGACACCAUGGACGAUCUUCGACCAGGUGCAAUCUACCGUGGCAUGAGCGGCCAGGCACCAGUGAUAAACUAGGUUGCUUGAAGUGGUGAUCCCAACGUUGUUUUACUUAGGCUUUGUGAAGAAUGCUAGAUCAAUGCAGUUUCAAAUUUGCUCAACUGUGUAUAGGAUGCUGUAAUCUGUGUUGUAUGGUAGGACAAAACGGGAGUUUUCGCUCAUUCAUGAGCUGGACUUUCUGAUGUUUUGUAAAUAUUCAUUUUCUGUGACAACAAAGCAGUGCCAAGUUCCCGGGGACUUCUAUCACAUCUUGAUGAAUUAUGAUGCCCCAGCAAUUGGUACCAGUCUUGAGUUC